GAAUAAUAACCACAUCUCGUUUAUUAAAACCCUCUCGCUAAUCACCUUCCUAAUCAUCUCCAUCAACUGAAAACAAAAACAUUAUUCGUUCUCUUUAAUCGUACGGUCGAGAGAUCAACCAUGCACCAUAGAGGAAUUCAAGAAUCUGACGACGAAGAAGAUGAGACUUACAACGACGUCGUUCCUGAAUCUCCUUCUUCUUGCGAAGACUCCAAGAUCUCAAAACCAACUCCCAAGAAGAGUAGGAGGAACAUGGAGAAGAGAGUUGUCUCGGUUCCGAUUGCUGACGUGGAAGGAUCUAAGAGUAGAGGUGAGGUAUAUCCACCGUCUGAUUCCUGGGCUUGGAGAAAGUACGGACAAAAGCCGAUCAAAGGUUCGCCUUAUCCCAGGGGUUAUUACAGAUGUAGCAGUUCAAAAGGCUGUCCGGCGAGGAAGCAGGUGGAGAGAAGUCGUGUGGACCCCUCAAAGCUCAUGAUAACUUACGCAUGUGAACACAACCACCCUUUCCCCUCCGCAGCUAACAACAAAUCCCACCACCACCACAGAACAAGCUCCGUCGUCCUAAAAGCCGCCAAGAAAGAAGAAAACAUGGAAGAAGAAGAUGACGAAGAAGAGGAGGAAGUAACCGCCGCCGCAGAGGAACCGGUGGGGCUAGACCUGAGCCACGUGGAUUCUCCGCUGCUCUUAGGUGGCUGCUACGGCGAACUCAACGAGUUCGGGUGGUUCUACGACGCGUCCAUUUCCUCAUCCUCUGGUUCAUCUUCUUACGGUGGGAGUUUCCUCGACGUGACACUAGAGAGUGGUUUUUCAGUAGGCGGAGAGGAAGAUGAAUCACUGUACGGUGAUCUCGGUGAUUUGCCUGAUUGUGCCUCCGUGUUCCGCCGUGGAACGGUGGCUACAGAGGAGCAACGACAGAGAUGUGACUUUGGCGCCGUUCCUUUCUGUGAUAGUUCUAGAUGAGUUGUGUGUAGCCAAAGCUAUAAAAGGAAAGUUUUUUUGUCCCACUGUAAAGGUGUAUCAAUGGUGGAUUCAUAUUUGAUUCAUUAAUAAUAAUAAUAAUAAAAUAAUAUAACGUUUUUGAUAUAACAAA